UACAAAGUACAGACUACAGUUGUCAGAAAGCCAGCGAAAGAUAAAGUUUGGAAAACACUAGAAAAAUCCAACUAUUUUUAGAAAAGCGAAUUCUAAGUCCAUUGACUAGUGAAAAUUGGAAUAAAAGAUGGGAGAUUGCAAACAUAACUCAGUUACUGAGAUAGCAAAACCAAAGAUUAAACAUGAUUGGUAUCAAACAGAGUCACAGGUGGUUGUCACAAUACUUAUUAAAAAUGCUCAAAGUGAUAAAGUAAAAGCUAAUUAUGGUGAGCGGAGUCUCUCAGUAUCUAUUGCACUGCCGAACACAGAAAUGGAAUAUAGUUUAGAAUUACAGUUAGCUCAUGAAAUAGUACCUACAAUGUGUUCAUAUAUUGUCAGUCCCUCUAAAGUGGAGGUAAAGUUAAGAAAAAAGGAGGGAAUAAGAUGGGCAAAUUUGGAAGGAGAAAGCAAGGAUGAGAUAGUAAAAGCAAUACCAUUAGCCGUCAUAGAUGCGCUAGGACCUCCGCAGCAGCCCCCUAAACUAUUCAAAAAAGACUGGGAUAAAAUUGAAAAAGAUAUUAAAAAAAUGGAGGAAGAGGAAAAGCCUGAAGGUGAUGCAGCAUUAAAUGCACUAUUCCAAAAAAUAUAUGGAGAAGGCUCGGACGAAGUGAGACGAGCCAUGAAUAAGAGCUUUAUGGAAUCAGGAGGUACCGUACUAAGCACAAACUGGAACCAAGUAGGACAGGAGAAGGUGGAUGUUAAACCUCCAGACGGUGUUGAAUUCAAGAAAUGGGAUAGUUAAAUUUGUUUAAUACAUUUAAAAACUCCUUGUUACACUAUUUUGAUAUAUACUUUCAUAACGA